AUGCCGCCGGCCGCCCAGCAGCUGGGCGGCGCGCUGCUGGAGCGCGUGCUCGCCACCCUCGAUGCCCGCGCCCUCGCCGCAGCAGAGGCGGCCUGCAAGGAGUGGCGCGGCGCCGUCCGGGCGGGCAGCCUGUGGCGGCGCUUCGCGCUCGCCGCGGCCGGAGGGAGCGGGGCCGGCGGCGCGGGCGGCGGCGGCGCCGCAUCAGACCCUUGGAAGUCUCAAUUUGUGGACAGCCGCGCGGCGGCGCGCUUCGACGCCGGCCGCGUCCGCUCCGCCGCGCAGCUCUCGGGCCACACGGCCGCGGUGACGGCCAUCAGAUCCGACGGCGCAGAUCUGGUGAUCACGGCCUCGGCCGACGGCACCGCGCGCGCCUGGGAUUUGAACGGCCCCGGCCGACAGCUGCACGCGCUGCGCCACGCGGCGCCCGUCGCGGCGGCGGCGGCGUUGUCUCCAGAGGUCGCGGUGACGGCGACGGCGGCGGCGGCGCACCUGUGGCGGCGCGGCGCGCGGGCGCGGUCGUUCCCUCUGCAAGCGCCGGUGAGCGGGCGGGGCCUCUCCUCUGGGCGGCGGUCCGGGCGGGCGCGGCGGCGGCCGGCGUUCUUUGGGACCACCGCCGCUGGCUAG